CUGACGACACUUGGCAAGUCAAGGGAGUAUCCUCAGUUCAUGGUUGACCUUGUCAAGGGUCUGUGUGAGCCUCUCAAUGCAGAAGACACACGCAAGGUGCAGGCGAGUCUCAAUGUGUUGGUCAAUGCAAAGAACUUGGCAGAGAAGGGUGGCCCACAAAAGAAGAAGAAGGCCGCAGGGAAGCCUGGGCUGGCCAAGAUGGGUGCAGCGACCGCGAGCUAUAAUCGUGCGCUGGAUUCGUCUCGUCUUGACGAUGACUAUGACGAUGACUUCAUGUAGUCCUUCGCAUACACCAAAUUCCACACGUCGCCACGACGACAUCACCAAGCUACAUACUGCAUCUAUAUUGAUAUUGUUUUCUUGUUCACAGGAUGGCUUCUCAGCUCAAGUCUCGGGCUCGGCUUACUGUUGAAGCCAAUAUAUGGCGCUUUCUAAUGAAUAUCGGCAUGGUCCUACACCGUCGUGCGCCGCCUCGCCCUAUGCGACCGUCGUUCACACGUUAUAUACCUGCACAGCUAGCACGACUGCCGGGAGAAAUCAAGCUCGUCUUUUAUGUCCCUCCACAUUAUCACAGUCACCCAGCAGACUCGCCCUUCCCGUGUAUUGUCUCAUUCCACGGCGGUGGCUUCACAAUUGGCCAACCUGAAGAUGAUGCCACAUGGGCAGAUGCUUGUGUCCGACAACUCGACGCAGUGGUCGUUUCUGUUGGCUAUAGACUUGCACCGAAGCACUAUUUUCCUACACCGGUCGAUGACUGUGCAGAUGCAAUCUUGUAUCUUGUGCAACAUGCAUCUGAGCUCAACAUUGAUCCCCACAAGCUGUGCACGUCAGGCUUCUCGGCUGGUGGUAAUCUGGCCUUCACAGCUGCCUUGCGUCUUGCAAUACUGAGGGAAGAAGGAGAAGCCAAGUCAUUUGAGCUACCGGCCAUGGACUAUACGAUUCGCGCAGUAGCUGCAUUCUACCCAUGCAUCGACUUUACCAAUUCAAGACACGCUCGAAGGGCAAGCACCAAGCGCAUCGACAAGAACCUGCCACUCGUCUUUUCCAAUCUAUUUGAUGCAUCCUAUCUCUACACACCCGACUACAACAAAGCACAUCCACUUUUAUCACCUGGCGUAGCGCCAGAUUGGUUAAUACACACAUUACCACAACACCUCCAUUUCUAUACAGCAGAAUGGGAUGACUUGCUGAAUGAAGCGCAAGUCUUUCGAGAUCGUCUUGUAGGACUUGGUAAGCAAGUACGAUUCACGGUUGCGCCUGAACAGGUGCAUGCUUGGGAUCGUUCGCCGAAUCCAUUUAAGCGGAAUAAAUUGCGUGCAGAGAUGUAUGCUGUUGCGACAGAUCACCUGGCUAGGGCCAUGGAAGCCCAGCUGGAUGAUUCUGAAAGUACAUCUGCCACUACACAGAGUAAAGGCAAAGCGAUGAUUGAAGCAUUACCAAUUCCUGAAUCAUGGACGCAUCUCAAAUCAUUGGGCAAGCGGUAGGGUGUUGAUGAGCCUUGUACCAUCCCCCAGAAGCCAGCUCGUUUUCAAGAGACUGCCAGUACUCUAGCUUGCCUGGUGACUUGGGGUCUAGAUCUGCUAGAUAGCAGUCGACCACUUUGCUCCCUUGCAGGAGCAGAUAGCAAGAACAGUCCCGCAACGUCAUUGCCAGAGGUAUAUCAAAGCUUGCUGCUAUUCGUUGUAAUCUUGCCAAGUCGCGAAAAAGGGUUGUCGU